CUUUCUUUCGCUAGCUGGGCGCGUGCGUGUUUUUGCAAGGAGGCGGGAGGCGGAGCGUCCGGGACGCAGUUUGCGAUGGAUUGCGCCUGGAUGCUAAGUCGAGGACUGAGGCCCAGGAAGCUGUGCAGUUACUGUGUCGGAGUCUCCUGCAGCCGUCGCUACCGCUUGGUCAAAGGGGAUGGCUCGCUCCGCUUUCUGGCUGCCUCGGCGAGCGCGCCUGGCUGGGCUCUUUGCAAGCCCAGGAAAUGCCGGUCGCAGUGGCCCGGCGGACAGAGCUUGCUCCGCGCAAGUGAUCUCUCUCAGCAUUUGACUACAGAGGUAUCCCAAGCCACUUUAGCCAGUGUGGCUCCCGUGUUUUCUGUGAUGAAAUUUGACAAAAAUGGCAACAUAAGCUCAUAUGAAAGAAAGAAAACAGAAUUGUACCAGGAGCUAGGUCUUCAAGCACGAGAUCUACGGUUUCAGCAUCAAGUGAGCAUAUCACCCAGGAACAACACGAUUAUCAUUCGAAUGGAGUUUUUGAAGGCAGUGAUAACUCCAGAAUUUCUUCUGAUCUUAGACUAUCGCAAUAUAAACAUGGAAAAAUGGCUACUACAAGAACUGGCUUCUCAAUUAGCUGGGGAAGGCCAGCUAGUAACAUAUUCUUUACCUUUUGAAUUCAGAGCAAUAGAAGCAAUACUUCAAUAUUGGAUCAGCAGUCUACACGAGAGACUUAGCAGCCUGCAGCCGCAGAUUAUUGAGACGCUGAAUGCUUUAGUGGACCCCAAGCUUCUGUCUGUCGAUCGGAGUAAAGUUCAUGUUCUGUUGCAGAAUGGGAAGAGUUUGUCAGAGUUAGAAACAGAUAUUAAAGUAUUUAAGGAAACAAUAUUGGAAAUCCUUGAUGAGGAAGAACUGAUAGAAGAGCUGUGCCUGAGUAAAUGGACAGACCCACAAGUAUUUGAAGAGAGUGCUUCUGGAAUUGACCAUGCAGAGGAGAUGGAGCUACUGCUGGAGAACUAUUACAGGCAGGCAGAAGACCUUGCUAAUGAAACUCGCGAACUCAGGGUGUUGAUUGAUGAUUCUGAAAGUAUCAUCUUUAUUAACUUGGACAGCCACCGUAAUAUAAUGAUGAGGCUGAACUUACAACUGACCAUGGGUACUUUUUCUCUUUCGCUUUUUGGAUUGAUAGGCGUUGCUUUUGGAAUGAACUUGGAAUCCUCAUUUGAAGAGGACAAAGGAGUAUUCUGGUUGGUGACAGGAAUUAUGUUCCUGGGCAGUGGCCUAAUAUGGCGGCGGCUGCUGUCAUUCCUGGGACGGCAUCUAGAACCUUCAGCACCUCCAUCUAUUCCUGCUUUGCUGAAAAAAACUCACCUAACAAAUGGGAAAGUAGAAUUUAAAAAUGACUUCAAAACAGAAUCCCUUGGGUCAAGCAGAAGCACAGUGACCACCCAGUGAUCAGAUCUGUUUUGGUGUCUCUUCAUAACUUUAGACUCUUACCUGUAUUUUCUUUUUUUUUAAAUUUAAUUUUAUCAAACUUUCAACAAUAUGCAAAAUGUGUAAAUAGUUAACAGAGAUUCAGCAGUACAAAAAUAAAUACCACAUUGUGCAGUACUAGAAAAAUACGAGGAAAGAAAUACACGUCAUUCCACGUCCAGUUCUUCCAGAGCUUUUAUUCAUGAAAAGCCACCUGUUGGAAUGGGGUUCUUACUUCAGUCCUUCUGCUGGCUGGGCCUGAUCUCUUCAGCACGGUUCCUGAAGAUUUGCCUUCUCCAUGUCCACAAUGGCUUUCUUUGGUUUGGCAGCAUGAUAGUACUGCUCAUCCAACAAUUUUCUUGGUGAUCUCCAUCCACAGACCAUCAGUAGUCUUCUACAGAAGCUAUCCUCCUGUAUUGAUAAAGUGCACUCCUGAGAGUUUCAUACUUUUGCCUUGAAGUGGGGAUGAGUGACAGAAAUAGUUGCCAGAGUUUUCUUCCUUGUUGCAUUCAUUAAGGAUAUGCUCUGCCAAGUUGCCCAUCCUGACAUCCUGUUUGCAGUAACUUCAUAGCAUUAUUUUGUCUAGAAGAUGCAAACCUGUUUCAGGAUUUAUCUCUUUCACUUCAAUAAAUGCAGAGUCAUCUGUUGC